AUGAUCUGCUCCCUGUUCCUGGCAGCCCUGGUCCUGGCCGCAGCCAGGGGGGCCGCUCCCAGAGCUGACAGACAGUGUCCGGCCUGCGGGGAGCCGGCCUUGGACGUGGAGAGCCACCGGGAGCUGCUGCUUAACCUGGCCAAGAGGCGCAUCUUGGCCCAGCUGCGCCUCAGCCGGCGCCCCACCCUGGGCCGGCCGGUGUCCCGAGCUGCCCUGCGGGCUGCGCUGCAGCGUCUCCACGGGCCCCCGCAGGGGGCGCCUCCGGAAGCCGACGGGGGCCAGGAGUAUGACAUCAUCAGCUUUGCCGAGACAGGCCUCUGCAACCCCACCCGGACGCGCCUGGAUUUCCACUUCUCCUCUGGCAGCUCAGCUGGCGGCCUGGAGGUCCACCAGGCCCGCCUCAUGUUCUUUGUGCAGCUCCCUCCCAAUACCAGCUGCACUCUGAAGGCGAGGGUCCUGGAGCUCAGCCCACGUGACACCAACCGCACCUCGGCCACUCAGCACCUGCUGCAGGUAGACGACAGUGGCUGGCACCAGCUUCUCCUGGGGCCUGAAGCUCAGACCGCCUGUAGCCUGGGGCACCUGGCCCUGGAGCUGGCCCCCGAAGGGCAGGUGGCCUGCAGCCCCGUCAUCGUGGCGGGGGCUGCGCACAGGCCUUUCGUGACAGCUCGGGUGAGAGUCAGGGGCAAGCACCGGGUUCGCCGUCGAGGCAUCGACUGCCAGGGCAGGUCCAGGAUGUGCUGUCGACAGGAGUUCUUCGUGGACUUCCGGGAGAUCGGGUGGCACGACUGGAUCAUCCAGCCUGAGGGCUACGCGAUGAACUUCUGCACAGGGCGCUGCCCCCUGCACGUGGCGGGCAUGCCCGGCAUCGCUGCCUCCUUUCACACCUCGGUGCUCAACCUGCUCAAGGCCAGCACGGCUGCCAGCUCCACCGGAGGCGGGUCCUGCUGUGUGCCCACCGUCCGGCGCCCCCUCUCUCUGCUCUACUAUGACAGGGACAGCAACAUCGUCAAGACUGACAUUCCUGACAUGGUCGUAGAGGCCUGUGGGUGCAGUUAG